AUAUUUUGACGAACACUCUCUCUCUUCCACCACCGCCAUGUACGGUUGCUUGGGUGCGUAUUCUUUACUUUCCUUCAAAUCUCUGCAAAUCUAGCUCCUUUCUGAAGAACCCUAUUAUUAAUUCAAACCUUUACAAGUUUCUUCAUAUCCAUCCCCAGCUCUCAGAUACCAAAUCCAUCCACCUUUCUCUCUCGCCGCUUCAGGGAUUAGAUUAGAAGAUUGUUUUGGCCUUAAUCCGCUGUAAAUUUAAGGUCUUUUUGGAAUUAGGUUUGAAAAAAUGGAUAAGUACGAGGUUGUGAAGGAUAUAGGAUCUGGGAAUUUCGGUGUGGCCAGACUUAUGAGGAACAAGGAAACUAAAGAGCUUGUUGCCAUGAAAUACAUCGAACGUGGCCAGAAGAUUGAUGAGAAUGUGGCAAGGGAGAUUAUAAAUCAUAGGUCACUCAGGCAUCCUAACAUUAUCAGAUUCAAAGAGGUUGUUGUAACUCCAACCCAUCUGGGAAUUGUUAUGGAAUAUGCUGCCGGUGGUGAAUUAUUUGAACGUAUUUGUAACGCAGGAAGAUUCAGUGAAGAUGAGGCUAGGUAUUUCUUCCAGCAGCUUAUCUCAGGUGUCAGCUACUGUCAUAACAUGCAAAUUUGCCACAGAGAUUUGAAGCUUGAGAACACUCUAUUAGAUGGAAGCCCAGCACCUCGCCUGAAAAUUUGUGAUUUUGGUUAUUCAAAGUCGUCUUUGCUUCAUUCAAGACCUAAAUCAACUGUUGGGACUCCUGCAUACAUUGCACCCGAGGUUCUUUCCAGGAGAGAAUAUGAUGGCAAGUUGGCAGAUGUAUGGUCUUGUGGGGUGACUCUGUAUGUUAUGCUUGUUGGGGCAUACCCUUUUGAAGAUCAAGAAGACCCAAAAAAUUUCAGGAAAACCAUUCAACGAAUAAUGGGGGUUCAAUACAAGAUCCCGGACUAUGUUCACAUCUCUCAAGAUUGUAAACACCUUCUUUCGCGGAUAUUUGUUGCCAGUCCAAUGAGGAGGCUUAGCAUUAAGGAUAUAAAAAGCCAUCCAUGGUUUUUGAAGAACUUGCCAAGGGAAUUAACUGAAGCAGCACAAGGUCUGUAUUACAAGAGGGAAAAUCCAACAUUCUCUAUCCAAAGUGUGGAGGACAUAAUGAAAAUUGUGGAAGAAGCCAAGACUCCGCCUCCAGUUGCCCGUCCGAUUGGAGGUUUUGGUUGGGGAGAGGAAGAAGAUGAUGAAGAGGACAUAGAAGAAGAAGAGGUAGAUGAUGACGACGAUGAAUAUGAGAAAAGAGUUAAGGAGGCUCAUGCGAGCGGUGAAUUUACUAUCAACUGAAAAUUGUUGGAUUUUAGCAGGUGUUUUACUUUGGUUUUUUUGGUUUUUCUUUUUAAGACAAAACUGUUUGUGUAAAAUUAAACUGCUUGAAUAAAUUGGGAGCUUAAGAAUAAAGGAGAAAGAAUGUGUAGAUAUGCAUGUUGUUGUUGUCUAGAGGUUGGAGAUUGAUCUUUCAAGAGUUUGAUCUUCUUCCUUGUUCUGAUCUGGUGUGAUUGGAAUUGAAUUGCUACACAAUAAGGGAUUUCAGGCUCUUUAAUGUAUUAUUAUUUCUUUUGAUGAUU